AUGUGGGCACUCUCGGCACUGAUGUUCACCCUGGAGAUCGAAUACCGAAAAAUGUUCGCCACGACCACCAUUCGGAUGGAGGCACAAAAGAAUUGGGCCCGCGUAGGGGAUUUUCUAAAACCGCCCAAGAUGACGGUGUUGAAUUGCCUUGCUUUUACUCGGUUGGCGGACUUUCAUCAUGCUUUGUCUUGGGCUUGCGUGGUGAGCUGCGGCCUUGGGCCUUUGCUAGGGGUAAAUUCUGCGAACUGCUGGAUGUAUCUUAUGUGGGCUUACACGCUUGCAUUAAUUUUGGGCGCUUUUUUCAAGAGGAACGUGCGAGCGAUGAUUCGGAGGAGUUGA